AUGGAGACAUGUUACUACGUUAUUGCGAUCGCCGUGUACGUAGCAUCGACAAUGAAAAUGCGUAUCGGAUCAGAGAAUAUUGCACUUGGAAAGAAUACAAAACAAAGUUCUGUAUACGGUAGCUGGGACAGCUCUAAAGCAGUAGACGGAUGUGUCCUCACAGGCAUUGACUCCAACUGCUGUACACACACGGCGGGAAGCCAGAACGAGGCCUGGUGGCAAGUAGAUCUACAGACACAAUUCAACAUAGAAUCAAUGAAGAUAAUAUAUAGAGAAGACGACGGUUAUCUUCAUAGACUAGCCGGAUAUCAGAUAUACCUGUCAAACACGACUAUCUGGAGAACAGAAGACGCGUGUUACCAAGACACCACUCCUGACUUAGCUUCCAUGUCUUCGGUACAAACAGUUGCAUGUCCAGGUGUCGCUCGGUAUCUUACCAUCUAUAACGACCGACGGGUGAAAUCAUUCACCUGGUACUCGGAUGAUGCAUUUUUAGAACUUUGUGAAGUGGAAGUGUAUGGUUGUCCCUUGCGGCAAUACGGUGCUGGAAACUGUGCAUCACGUUGUAGCACAACGUGUGUUGACGAUCUGUGUCAUCCAACAACUGGGAAGUGCACUGAAGACUGUGAUGACGGUUUCUUUGGUCCAUUCUGUGAUCCCUGUUCUACUGGUUGUACUGAUCCUGUAUGUAACAGAACCUCCGGAUAUUGCGGUUGUAAAGAAGGUUACCAUGGAAAUGACUGCAGUCAGUUGUGUUCAACCAAGUGUAAAGGAAACGCAUGUGUUAAAGAAACUGGCUUCUGCGCAGGAUGUGAUCAGGGAUUUCGUGGCGAUGCAUGCCGUGAUCGGUGUCCCGUCAACUGCAAGGCAAACACAUGUUUUCAGUACAGUGGAUCGUGUACAGAAUGCGAACCUGGAUUCUAUGGUACCAUGUGUGACAAGACCUGUGUAUCCAUAAGCUGUAAGGACAAUAUAUGUAACCAGACUGAUGGUCAAUGCACUGAGUGUGCCCCUGGACUAUAUGGUGCUGCCUGUGACCAGAAUUGUCCGGAUAACUGUAACGAAGAGUGUGAUAGAGUUACCGGAAUAUGCAACGGUUGUGAUCAGGGAGUGCGUGGCCUAUACUGCUCUGAGAUAUGUCCGAAAAACUGUCAAAGCAACACCUGCAUCCAAGACAAUGGCCAUUGUACAGAAUGUAAAACUGGAUACUACGCUGAACAUUGUGACAAAGGUUGCCCAUACAACUGCAAGGAAAACAUUUGCAACCAUACUUACGGACAUUGUUUAGAAUGCCAAUCUGGAUACUACGGUGAGCAUUGUGAUAAAAUAUGUCCACAAAACUGUAAGGACAUGUGUGACAAGACCAAUGGAGACUGUACAGACCUCACAGCGACAGACAGCAUUAAUACUGCUGCAAUCGGGAUAGGUGCUGGAUUUGGAGUGGUCAUUCUGGUUUUGGUCAUCUUGGUUAUUGUACAGAACAGGCGUCUCUCGAUGAAGAACAAAGACACUACGGGCCCUAUUCAUAUGAGUGAUAUCUUACAGCGAGCCAAGACAAACGAUAUAGAUGGUCCUUACCAAGAGAUUGACACUCAAAAUGGGAAACAACUUGCCAAGAAUGCCACAGCUGAAAAUGAUUAUGACAGAUUGGAUCCUAAGGAUAAGGUGGUCCCUAACUUGUACGAGACUGUUUGAUAGACGAGGAAUGCAUGGCCAUCAUCCUUAAUACAGAACGGAAAGGUGAAUUUUAUGACCAGAACGCUUGCUGAUUAUAUUUUAAAUUAUGGAGUUUAAACAUUAUGUGACCGUCUCGCUAACAUUUUCAAACGACGCAACCUAUGAAAAAAUGAGGCUGGCGAUGUAAAUAGUCUGCGAUUGUUUACAUGUGAUAUACAAAUAAUUAACAUAAAAUAGGUGUAUUUGUAUGCUACCAUGCUUGCUGAUUUUGAGUUAUAUAAUUUAUGUGAAAAGUUUUUUUUUACCAUGAAGGCGAUUUGCAUAUACAGUGUACAUUGUUAAAAACCAAACUGGUGAUCUUGUCAGUGAUAUAUGUUUUGUUAACAUCUAAAAAUAAAAAUAUUUCAUUGUUAUUUGUAAGUGUAUUAAAUAGUUUGAGCUCAUAUUACAUGCACUUUUUUUAAC